AAGCACUUGAAUUUGAACAAUUGAACCAAAAUGUUAAUCAAACAGAUUCAAGUGAAAUUGACCAAGAAAACGUUAAUAAAAUUGAAAAUCCUUUAAUCAGGCGUCCUAAAGGAAGGCCAGCAGGAACUGCAAGAUUUAAAGGACCUUUGGAAACCUCUAAUGUUGGUAAUCGAAUUCAGAAUAAGUGUGGUUUAUGUUAUAAUGUGAGGCAUAAUCGUGCAAUGUGUCCAUCAAAUCCUAGUCGAAAGAAAAGAAGGCAAGAAGUAAUCAGAAUUUUAUAUUAUACAGCUAUUGACCUUGGAAGUUUACAUAAAUCUGAAUAUUGCCAUAAGGGUUUUCAUAGUGGAAAUAUAUUGCAAGAUUAUAAUGAACUAUAUAUAACAGAUUUUGGCUUAUCGGGACCAGCAGAUAAGCAAAAAUCAGAUAAUAAAAUAUUUGGAGUUUUACCAUAUAUUGCACCAGAAGUCUUGAAUGAAGAAUUAUAUACAUUUGCUUCUAAUAUUUACAGUUUUGGUGUUAUCAUAGCUGAAAUGUCAUCCAGAAAUCCUCCAUUUUUUGAUAGAAAGCAUGACUUAACUUUGGCCUUAGAUGUCUGCAAUGGGCUUCGUUCAGAAUUUGGAGAAGGAACUCCUGAAUUUUAUAAGAAAUUAGCUUAUAGUUACAUGAAUGCAAUUCCAAAUCAAAGAACAACAGCUGAUGAAUUAUAUAAGAUAUUGAAAUUUUGA